AUGCAUGAGCUCGGAGUCCGACACCGCUCCGCAAACGCGUCGUUAGAGCCUCUGUUCCAUCAGCCCUUUGCGGCUGGUACGAUACGCGUGCUGUUCAUCUGCGGCUUGGAGCGUGUGGUGUCGCCAGAAGCAGCACUUGCUGGUUCAGCCAGGCAGACCCGCCUCGUGAUUCAACCUGGCUCGUCAAGAUCAGGACCAGGGACUCGGGACAAAAGCGCCAUCGUGUGUAGCGAACUGAUCGGACCAGGGAACCAGGCCAUCCAUCUAGAAGUUCGGUCCACGACCGAUGUUCAGCCACACACAGGGCAGCAAUCCGAGAAAGACAUUCAAGAGAUUGCCGGGCCUCAUGAAAGUUUUCGCCGGCGGGAGAAAUUAGCGCCACAGUGCGAUUCUUGGCCCUGA